AUGAAUCGCACAGCUUUCAUCAAAUUCGGAGGUACCACCUCCUUCCUUCUUCAUUCUCUCUCAUCUUUCCAAUUCGGUACUCACACAGCUUCCCUUCACUCCAAUGUUUCCUCUUUGAUUCAUAAAAUUACCAACUUGAAUGAUGCCUUGAACCUGUUUGAUGAAAUGUCACACACACGCCCUUUGCCCUCUGUUGUUCAUUUCACUCAGUUGUUGAAUGCUGUUACCAAAAUGAAACAUUUUUCUUCUUCUCUUCAUCUUUUCAACCAAAUGUGUGCAAUUGGUGUUCCCGUUGAUAAAUACUCAAUGAGCAUUGCAAUCAAGUGUUGUUGCCAGUUGUAUCGCUCCAAAGACGGGUUUGCACUCCUAGGAUGCUGCUUUAGGCGAGCUAUUCCACCCAAUGUGUACAUAUUUAAUGCACUCUUAGACGGACUCGUCCUUGAAGAUAGGAUUCUUGAAGCAGAGAUGUUAUUCAAGAAGCUCAUCAAACAAAAACUUUGUGAACCUAAUGUCGUUACGUACAACACAAUGAUUAAAGGCCUUUGCAAGUUCGGUAAUAAUGUUACAGCACUUGCUUUGCUCAGGCUGAUGGAGCAAAAAAACUGCAAGCCUGAUAUUGUAACAUAUAGCACCAUCAUUGAUAGUCUUUGCAAGGAUAAACUGAUUGAUGAUGCUUUCAAGCUCUUUAAAGAGAUGCUAUUUGAAAAAGGAAUUUUACCAGAUGUCAUUACCUACACCUCUUUAAUUCGUGGCCUUUGUAACUUAGGUCGUUGGGAUGAGGCCUCAAAGCUGCUAAAAGAAAUGGAGGAUGAGAACAUUUCUCCGGAUGUGCAGACCUUUACUGUAUUAGUUGAUGCUUUUUGCAAGGAAGGUAAAGUAGAAGAAGCUGAGGCUGUUAUCAACAUCAUGAUUGAGAGAGGUAAGGCUCCAGAUUUAGUGACAUACAACUCACUUAUUGAUGGUUACUGUCUGCGAGGUGAAAUGAUUAAAGCAAAAAAACUUUUUGAUUCCAUUACACUUAGAGGCCUCGUUCCUGAUGUUGUUACUUACAGUAGUUUAUUGAAUGGGUAUUGCAAGAAUCUGAAUAUUGAGAAGGCUGAGCAAAUGUUUCGUGAAAUGUCUGGAAAAGGUUUAAAACCCGAUGUAGUCACUUACAGCACCAUGAUACAAGGAUUUUUUCAGGUUGGGCGUUGUGUAGCUGCGCGCAAACUCUUUGAUGAGAUGCAUGCACAAGGCCAAAUUCCAAAUGAAUGCACUUAUGGAAUAGUUUUAGAUGGCCUUUGCAACAACCAUCUAGUAGAGGAUGCGCUCUCUUUGUUUCAUUUGGUGGGUAACAGCAAGCUUAAUUCUAAUGUUGCUGUGUACAACAUUCUCAUUGAUGGUGCAAGCAAAAAUGGGAAAGUGGAUAUUGCGAGGGUUGUUUUCCAAGGUCUAACUGAUAAAGGCUUGCAACCUAAUGUUCGUACAUACACUGUGAUGAUAAGUGGUUUUUGUCAGGAAGGUCUAUUGGGGGAAGCCAAGUUGUUGUUUCUUAAAAUGGACGAGAGUGGCUGCCCGCCAGAUGAUGUUACUUACCGUGUUUUACUCCAAGGAUAUCUAAAGAACAGGCACUAUGAUGAUGUGGAGAUGCUUUUACAGGAAAUGGAUGAUAGAGGUUACUCACUUGAUGCUUCGACUUUAUCGUUAUUUAUAGAUGAUAUCGCAGCUGGUUUACUAGAUAGAAGUAUGCUUAAGCUGUUAGGUAAGCUUGUGCCAAAAGAAUUAUUGAACGAUCCUAGCUUGUGCGACUGGGAGUGAAACUGAGAUAGUAAUUGUGGGAUGAGAAAUGAAGAGAAUAACUUACAAAAUGUAGAAAGCAGGAAAUCUCUACCAAAUUCUAUUUGGUUGUUAUGUGGUUUUACAUGUGUGUGGUCACUAGACAUUGUCCAUUUAAUGAACUCACAACGCUUAUACAUUUUUAAGAGUUUUCAAGAACUUGCUACGGUUGGUUAUUUAAGAGUUUUCAAGAACUUGUUUAACCGUAUCCCCCAACCUGACCCCUACAUAGUAAAUGAAAAUGAAGAUUUGAGAUCACAAAAGCACAGCAAAGGCCACUUAGCAAUCCAUUUGUGGAAUGGCAAAGGGGGAUGUUUGAACCUUGCCAUUGGUGAUGCUUUUCAUUGAUGGUUCUUUUUUAUUUUUAUGAGGUUGGUUAUAUAUAUGUCUGGAAAGAAGGUGAUGAUUGUAUCAUAGUGCCAGAGUGGAGGUCAUCUGUGUUUAUGUACAAUGCAACAUUUGUGUGAACGAUAAAAGACCAAAAAACUUCAUUUGCC